CGUCGUAUUCACACCCAUCCUCCCCUUCUUUGUUCCGCUCUUGUUUCUCCAGUAGUUAGGGUUUGCUAUCUCCCUCUCUCUUCUUUCUUUUUGUUUCUCUCUCUCUCUCUCUUAAUCUAGCAUAAAGAAAAAAUAAAAAAUAAAAAUAAAAAUUGAAUUAGACAUAGGAAAUCUUCUCUCAUGAAAAUAAUCCUGCACCAAAUCGAAACCCUAACCGAUACUAGUUUUAUGUUUUCACAGGAGCAGAGCUAUUCAGGACUGUAUAUGAAUAACGGACUGGCUUAUCUUUUGUGAACUCAAUAUCCAUCAUAAAGAAAGAAGAGGAACUUGUACAGGAUGAACACUAACUGUGGUUGCUAGGAUUUGCUAGUUUACUCCAAUGGCACUGUUUCUCUGAAACGGGUGGCAGGUUAGAGUAGGGUUGUUGUAUAGCCUUAUUUUUAAACCUUUGGAUUUAACCUUUUUGAUAGGGAUUGAUCUAGUAGGUAGAAAUAGAAAUGGAUCCAAAGAUCGCAAAGGUAUUGGAUAGUAGUCGUAGAGUUGUGCUCGGUUUGAAGAGAAAGAGAGCCUCUCCAUAUGCUACAUAUUUUGCUGGAGCUCCCCGAGCAGUUUUACAGCAUUUGCCCCUCUACAAAUCGUCAACCCAAAAGCUUGGAAAGCGAAGGAAAUUGGAUGGAUGCAAAAGCAAAGUUGUGAGUGGGUGUCAUUUUAGAAAAUCCUUACUCCUUUGUUACUCAAAUUACAAGAAAAGUGGUAUUCCACAACGCCUUAUGUACUAUGAGAAUGGUGAUUGGACUGAUUUUCCUGAGGAUCUUAUUGCUUUUGUGAAGAAAGAUCUUCAAGUAAAGAAGGCAGCUGUUGAGGUUGAGCUAGAUGGUCAUCGUUUUCUGUUUGAUUUCCUGCAUAUGUUGCGACUGGACUUGAAAACAGGUACACAACAACCGAUUGCUUGGAUUGAUGAAACAGGCGCUUGCUUCUUUCCAGAAAUUUACACCGAUGGUGAUGAAUUGUAUGACUGCUGCCAAAAUGAAUGUGGCCAAGAUCAUGAAUUAAUGUGUAGGGAUUCUUAUGGGCCCCAUGAAAUAAAGCUGCAGCUUGAAAUUGACAUAGCUGGAGUGGAGCAGUCUAAGUUGAAGGAAUGUAGUGGGGAGUCAAAUGCCGUUAUUAAGCAGGUUCAAAUUGCACAAAAAUCUGCUGGUAACCAAUAUGUUGUGGAAGUUGAGGAUAGUUGCAACCGGAAAACUGAUGCAAAACUAGAUGAAGCUAUUGAGGACAAUCAGCAUAUGAAGACCAACAUAGUGAACAGGACUGAAUUGGUUGAUGAAAAGUUGGAUUCCGAUGCUGUACGGAAGUUUUUUUUAAUGGGUAUGAGACAUUUUGGUGGUGUAGAGAUACUUGAUAUACAGUGUUGUGCUAGUCCUACAAUGUCAGCUCGUUUUGAGCUUUUCCAGAAACAGCUUGAAAUUACAAAGAAGUAUCGUGGGGAUGCAAAUGUUCGAUAUGCAUGGCUUGCUUCAUCUAAAGGAGCACUACCUAUGAUUGUGACAUAUGGGCUUGGGCUUUGUGGAGCAUCCACAACUCAGUCUACAUAUGGCAUUGGUGUCCAUCUUGCUGCUGCAAGCUUUCCUGAUGCCAGUGCAAAUUAUUGUGAUGUUGACGAAAAUGGGGUACGACACAUGGUAUUUUGUCGUGUGAUUAUGGGAAACAUGGAGCAUUUAUGCCCUGGAACUAAACAGUUCCAUCCCAGUACAGAGGAUUUUGAUAGUGGAGUAGAUGAUCUUCAGAACCCAAGAAAUUUCAUAGUCUGGAAUAUGAAUGUGAAUACCCAUGUUUAUCCAGAAUUUGUUGUUAGUUUCAAGGUUGCCUCCAAUGAUGAAGGGAAUAUGGUCGGAAGUGAGAAUCAGCAUACGAUUUCUGCAGUCACUACAUCUUCACAAGGGCUUAAAAACCAUUUGCGAUUGGAAUCCUCUGCAGUUGAUUUUGGAACUGCUAGUCCUCUGGUUUCAGAAUCUGGGGGAUCUCAGGGAAAAGCUCCUAGUACUAAUUCAAGCAGUCCAAGGGCUCCCAAAUCCCCUUGGAUGCCUUUUCCUAUGUUAUUUGCUGCCAUAUCGAAUAAAGUUUCUCCUAAUGACAUGGAACUAAUUACCAAUCAUUAUGAACUAUUCAGGGCGAAGAAGAUAAGUCGUGAUGAUUUUGUCAAAAAGUUGCGAGUGAUAGUUGGAGAUGUUUUGUUGAGGUCUACAAUAACUGCUCUUCAAUGCAAGAUACCUUCCAAACGUGAAGUUGAAGUGGUGAAGCAAAAUGUUGAAGGAUCACCUGAGCUUCAGCUAACGUUAGGACCGUCUGCUGGAGUCUGAGCAGCUGUUCAAGGUCUCUCUGAAUUCUCUUAAUGGAUAUGCGGGAGAGGAGAGGAGAGGAGGCAAGGCUUGGUACAUGUUCGUUAGAAAUGUGUCGACAUGAAUUUGUGAAUAUAGUAAUGCGUCUGUUGAAGGAUGUUAGCUCUUUAGUUAUUUGAAAUUCUAGUUGUUUUACUUUGUUUUUAUUUUUGUUUUUGUUUUUGUUUUUGUUUUUGUUUUGUUUUGUUUUUUUAGUCUAGAUUAGUUCGACUUGAAUUGCCUUUGAGGUUGUGUUCGAAUUUAAGACUUUUCCCUUUAUUUUGCUUUUGGAAAUGCUACUCAUUUUUCUUCUA